AUGGGUAACGAAGUUAGUCUUGUCAAUGAAGGUACACCUAUCGAAAACGACCUGAAUAUCACAUGGAAGCAAGUAAAACCUUGCUGUUCCUUUCCUGCUCGGGAAGGUCAAUCCUAUUGUACUAUUGGCAAUAAACUAUACAUCUAUGGUGGGGUCAUUCAGUGCAAAGAUGAAGUUGAGACGAUUAAUGAAAUUAUUUGCUUUGACUGUGACAAUGAAAAGUGGACACAAUGUGAAGCUAAAGGAAAACCUCCCGUCCCUUCAUCUGGCUCGACUAUGUCUUCUGUGGGAAACAAGCUGUAUGUAUUUGGUGGUUUGAACCAGGAAACUGGUUGGUCAAAUAAUCUUCAUGUUUAUGACACAGAAACAAGUACAUGGUCAACUCUUGAAGGAGUUGGUAAUGCCCCCAGUCCAAGAGAUAAACUGGCUUCUGUAGCUGUUGGCAAAUGUAUCUAUUACUUUGGAGGAUUUGGACCAAAAGUGGUAAAAGAAGGUGAAGAGGAAGUAGAAGAGGAACCUGGUUCUGAAGAGGAAGAAAUAUCUUCAGAUGAGGAAGACCUUGAACUUCAACAAAAGGGUGUUGAAUUUAAAUGGUUUGAUGACUUCUAUAUAUUUGAUACAGAAACUAAUACUUGGUCACAACCUAUGCAUAUGAAUCUAACCAUCCCAAGUGCCCGUGCUGCCAUGACCAUGUGUGCCUAUGAGAGGGAUAUCUUCAUUUUUGGAGGACGUGAUUGUGAAAAGAGACGGAAUGACGUACAUGUAUACAAUAUAGAUACCCGAAAAUGGCGCAAAUUAGAUGGACUGCUUGGACGUUUGCCUGGUUGCCGCUCUUACCACUCUGCCACUAUUGUUGGCAACAGGAUGGUUGUAAUGGGAGGGCGUAAUGAUUCUGAGGGCCAUUUUGGAGACAUCCAUGUUCUUGACAUUGGUACUGGUCAGUGGCUUCAACCUAGUGUGAAUGGUGAAAUCCCUUGUGCACGUGGUCAACAUUCAGUUGGUGUUUGUGGUGACUAUUUAGUGCUUCAUGGUGGUUCUGCUCAGUUUGAUGCAACAUCCAUGCAGUGCAAAGAAUACUUAGUGGACACAUACAUUGCCAAAACUGAAUCUGUGCAUCAUUAUCUAUCUAUCUAUCUAUCUAUCUAUCUAUCUAUCUAUCUAUCUAUCUAUCUAUCUAUCUAUCUAUCUAUCUUCAUACAUGCUUCAUUUAAUAAUAUAGACAAGUGUUGUCCAUUUAUUUUAUUAAUUCAGAAUUCUUUCUUUCUUUCUUUCUUUCUUUCUUUCUUUCUUUCUUUCCUUUGUCUCGGUGUAGCAGCAUUCUCAUUUGAGGUGGUCUUUUCUUUCUUUCUUUUUCUUUUCGUCCUUUGUUUAGGGGCUUGGGUGACGAUUAAGUUGGAACUGCUUCCUCUCUCUUUCUUUCCUUCGUCUCGUAUCUCCUUUUGUGAUCUUUUCUUGCUUUCCGCUUUUCUUUUUUUACACGCGUCUGGUCUCGGGACUUGGGUGACGGAUAAAUCGAAGCUGUUUUCUAUCUCUCUUUCGUCCCGAUGUAGCGGCAUUCCGCGUACGUCUUCCCGCGGACCUUGUAUUCCUCUCAGGUCUUUGUGGUGCAGCUCAUCAGAGAUUUCAAUUUCCGUUCUUUUGAUUGAUUUGACACUUCGUCCACGCAUCAGCAUUCAUUCACUGCUUGGUAAUCAGUUAUCUUCAAAUCGCCGACAUUAUUUUACAGCCCGACGUGGCUUGUUAGAUAUUUUUCUUUUAUUUCUCCUUGCUGAUUUUAUUCUUCUGAACGCAAACCUUUUCACAAAUUGGAAAACGGGAGGAAAAAAAAUUCUUUUACAGAAAGUGAAACGCGAAACAUUUUUUUCGUUUCUGAAAUUAGUCGCCGGUGAAAGGGACAAAUAUCUGAAGCAAAAUGUUAUUUAUCUAUCUAUCUAUCUACCUAUCUAUCUAUCUAUCUAUCUUAGCCUAUUCAUAUGCGUGAAUCAUGAUCAGUUAAUAUUGAUAAGUCUGCCUACUACAGAGAUGCAUCUAUGUCUACCAUUAUACUUGUAA